AGCCGUUCCUCAUUGCUCAUCCAUCUCUUUCUCCCUAUUUUCCCCCGUGCUCACUCAUUGCCCAUCUGGCAUUCUAUCAUCCGGCCACAUCGACGUGCUAUCUAGCUGAGGCUGGCCCAAAAUCCUUACCCAAGCUAGCCGACCGCUCUUCAACAGUCAUGUCCGAUGUCUGGCCCGCCACCAGCUCGUACAUGCUAGAGCUCGAUCACCGGAAGUAUGACUUGAGCCAGCUAGCUAAGGCAGUGGACAUUGCUGCCAAGGACAGAGAUCAAUCAGGGGAUGAAUAUGCCGUUGCCCUUCCUACACCCACGUGUUUUCAUGUGCAUACAAACACCGUCGAGGCCACCCUGCUACCACCAGAUGCCAAAAUCGAGUAUUACGGGAGGGAACCUGAAUCGAACCCUGCUUGGGAAAUCUUCCAAACUAUCGGGGAGCAGGUUGCGUCUGUUGUUCCAUCUAUGGAACGCAUGCCGCUUGUGCCUUCGACCGCCAAACUUAUACGCCAACCUCCCAACCCCGGAAACACAACCAGCUCGGCUGUUGGAGCCUGCCUCUAUCUUCCUAAGCACGGCGACCGCUAUCCUUUAGCCAGGCUUGAACUUCCGCCCAUUGCUGAGCAAAAGGAAUGGAUGCCUUCAGCUACUGCUUGGGAUAUGCAGCACUGGAUACACACGAUUAUUGCCCUUGACCCAGAGGCUAAUACUACCCGAAAGGCUAUCUAUCGGGACGAUAAGAAACGUGUUCACAUGCAGACUGCAAUUGACAUAUGUUGGGUCCCCGAUGAAGGAGGUGAAGCGGACAGGGCAGAGAUUAAACUGCUUGUUGUUUCUCGUAUCUAUUUGGACAUAUCAUUCCUCUUCGACCCUCUUCCUGAAAUCGGCAACGACAUGCUCGGUUUCAUUCUUCACUCCAUCAUUCCUUCACCUACUGCUACUACGUAUGCAUCCGAGUCGGAAGCUCGUGCUGCAGGUCUUCGCAACUUCUACACAUGUCUAAAGCCAGCUCCUGACCUUCCAUUCAACUUUCCUGCCAGCCGGCUACAACCAAGAGAGAUGCUCUCAAAACUUUUGCCUUUUCAGGUACGAACUGUGAGAUUACUCUUGGAACGGGAAGGAGCUCAGGGAGUCGGUAAGGCGGCGAUCAGGACCAAAAUGGAUCCGGAUGGGUUAUGGAAAGGGUUAGACUGGGGAAACAAUCUUGGUAAAUUGGGGUAUCGAAGAAUUACUGGAAGUAUGGUUCCAAUCGAUUCUUUAAAAUCGGUCAAUACCGAUAUCGAAGGGAAAGGGAAACAAAAAGCAUAUGAAGAGGAGGAAGACUAUCACUAUGUGUCAGGCAUAACUGAGGAGGAAAGACAAAGAUUGCCUACUUUGCUGGAUCUGACUGGUGUACGUGGUACAAUGCUUUGUGAAGAAAUGGGUCUUGGUAAGACUGUCGAGGCUAUUGCAUUGCUUUCCUUACACAGACACCCCCUCUCUACCCCUCGCAAUAUACCUUCGAUGGCUCCUUUAGUUUCGACUGGAACUUCUCAGUCUAGCGCACAUGCUCGCAUUGCCAAGCAGCCAGUGCCUGUUAUCAAUUUGUUGGCAGGCAUUCCUGGACUCCAAGAUUUGGAAGUAAAAGAUUGGGUUGAGAAGGAGAAUAUUGCCUUUGCUGGAUGCCGGGCGUGGGACGAGCAUUCCCAACUGGAAGUUACCGAAGUUGCGGCAACUCUUAUCGUAACGCCUCCCUCCCUUCUAAAACAGUGGGUCGCAGAAAUUCAACGGCAUGCUCCCACAAUCCGUGUAUGUGUAUAUGAGGGCUGGAAGUCCUUGCAACAGGGCGUAGAGAAACAACGUGAUGCGCGUCGCAAGGCGCGUGCUCGCAAAGAGCUGGAAGAGAAAAAGCGUAAAGCUGCUGCAUUCAGAGGUCAGACAAGGAGAAAGUAUGCCAAGGGUAAUAACGGGCUUGCCAUCAAAGAGGAGAGUGAUGAAGAGAAUGAUCAGGAUGAUGAGGAGGAGGGAACAUUGCAACUGACUCAGAGGCAAUUCGUAGACUAUGUGAGGGCACAUGACGUUGUCGUUACUACCUACCACGACCACCUGAAGUUUGCAUUACCAGUUCCAGCAAGAAGUCGUAGGUCUACUGCUAACUACCAAUUGAACGACCGUCCCCGAAGUCCUCUCGUCAUGGUAGAAUGGUGGCGAGUAAUCAUGGAUGAAGUUCAAUUACAUGGUGACCAAACGGACGCAGCUAAUAUGGUCUCUCUAAUCCCGAGGAAAAACUCUCUAGCAGUUUCUGGUACACCUGCCCGAUCGGAUAUCAAAGACCUAAUGGGUUCGCUGAAAUUCUUGCGCGUGCCUGUUCUUCCAAAUGAUAAUCGUCUAUGGCAUCGCCUGCAACAGCCCUCUAUGCGACCUGCCUUUGAGGGUCUUUUCCGCAGUCUCGCGGUACGAACCACAAAGAAGGAAGUAUCUGGCGAGUUCAACUUGCCUCACCAAUCCCGAUAUGUUGUACCCAUCGAACUUUCAGAGAUUGAAUUACAUUAUUACAAUGACACUCUCGAAAGAGCUCGUGAAAGGCUCCACCUUCCUGCCAAUUUCCGAGAAGCUCGCCCAGACGACUGGGUUUUGGAUAGAAGUAUGUUCCAAACCGUUCUUCGGAGUCUACGUCAGAUCUGUACACACAUCCAGGUGGGGCAGAUGCAGUCCGGCACCGGGCGCGGAGACCAGAGGCUGAGAUUGGGACGGACUUUGAUGACAAUGUCGGAGGCCCUGGAGAAAAUGCGGGAUGACCACUUACAAGAGACCUCCUCCGAGGCUCGACAGCAGAUGCGAAUGAUGAUUCGUCAAGCUCAACUUACAGUGAUGGAUGACCAGAACGAUUUGCGUCAUCUUCAAGCCUUAGCACUCUAUGAACGAGCUCGAGCUGCUGCAGAAAGCCACUUGGAACCUGCUCAGAAGCGUCUAAAAUCAUUACUGGAUGAGAAUGAUGGAAAUGACGAGGAAGAAGACGAGGAAUUUGAGGAUGAGAUGUCAGAAAAACAACAGACUCAACAAGAAAAAGCGAGAGCCCUUGCCAUCAAAACAGUCAAACACACUAUCCGUGAACUCGACCUUAUCAUCCAUCAAUGUUGGUUCUUUGAGGGUGAUGUGCGGCAUGUACAGAAGGACGAGGAAAAAGAAGUUUACGCAUACGCCCGUGCAGAUGCCAUUAGAAAGAGUAUCCUUGCUCGACCGCUAAAGACUGCCAAUAUGUCGGUUGACCUUUUAAAGGGUUCUUUAACUCGUGGCCCGGCAGUAGUUCAGGUGAAUGAGCUACAGACUACGGAUUUAAAGAGAAAAGGUGGUAUCUUGACGCACGAUGUUAUAUCGCAAGCCAAUGCGUUGCUCAGAAUUAUGAACGAUAAUGCCUUACUGGUUUUCAAUUGGCGUACUAAGAUCGUCGACCUUUUGUCUUCGCCAAUUGAUGUCGACCCGACGGAUGUACCCGAUGGUCAAGGUCAAGAAGUCGAGAAUCCUGAAGCCGAAUACUAUGCCGAGGCAUUGAAAGCUCAGGGAGAAGUGGAAGCAUAUCUUAUUGCAUUCGCCGCAGCUGUUGCUGAUCGCAGAGAAUUCAUGACUGAGACAAGAAGUUUACUCUCUACUCAUGAUUCUCGAAUCGCAAAGCAGCGAAACACUAAAGCUGCCAUGAAUGCCCUCACCGAUGUCGAAAUGCCGAAUGUGCCUGAUGAUAUCGGUGAACAGGCGACAGUUCUUCUCAAAGAACGUCAGGUUUUCCGAGAUGCUCGCAUGAACGAAGGUUGCGAAAGGCCUCUCAAGGGUCUGCUGAUGGACCUCAAUGCUAUCAUACAUGGCCAACAUAGACAUGAAGAGAUAGAAAUUGCGAAGAGCAUGGCUUCUAUGCUCAAAAAAUAUAUCGCUGAACAAACUGAGCUCGUCGAAAAGCUUAACAAGGAAUUAGACAUGUUCCGAGCAACUUUCAACCGCCGUGUUGUUUACUUUGCCUCUCUACAGGAGAUCUCCGACUCUGUUACUGCACCCGAGUUCAAAGACUUAGGCAAGGAUAUACACGCUGCUGCGAAAGAAGUAAAUGAGCUCGAGGUGAAAUUGGCCAAAAUGGCUGUGAAAGGUCGAUAUCUUCAUUAUCUUGGCACAAAACAGCACGAGGAAGAAGACAUCAGAGAGGACUGCAUCAUCUGCUUCGGUUCAUCCGAUGAUAACCAGGCCGUUCUGCUCCAAUGUGGCCAUUACUUCUGCUUGUCGUGCUACCGAGAGUAUCGAAAGACUCCGGGAGGGAGGAAAUGCCCAUCAUGCCGAAUAAAAAUCAGCGACAAAGAGAUUCAGCGCAUCAAACUCAACCCUGCAAGAGCGGAAGCGGCGGAUCCAAUGGGCAAGCAACAUCAGGAGUUUUCAGUACAGACACUCGCCCCUGCUGUCUCUGGCUCGAAUGAGGCAGAGGAGGAUACAACGCCAGAGGAACAGGAGCAGUUGAGAAGGGCUGCAGAUCUUGAAAGGCUACGAAUGAUGGAUGUAGAAAGAAGGAGGGCCGUCAUGAUGAUGGAUAUGAUGGGUGAAUACGGUUCCAAGAUUAACUUCUUAAUCAAGCACCUUUUGUACUACAAAUCCACGGAACCUGAUACGCGACAUGUCAUCUUCUCUAACUGGUCUGACUCUCUCAACAUCGUUAUGCAGGCUCUUCGACUCAAUGGCAUCUCAUUUGCUUCUUUUGACCAGGGCAAAAAGCAAAAGGAUGUUGUCGAUCAGUUUCUCAGAGACGAGAGCAUAUCCGUGUUUUUGCUUCAUGCCGAACGAGAAAGCUCUGGCUUGACUUUGACAAGCUGUCAUGUUGUUCAUCUCCUUGAGCCGGUCUUAAGACACAGUUUUGAGUUACAAGCUAUCGGACGCGUUGAUCGACUGGGCCAAGAAAAGGAAACUUCUGUAUUCUGUUAUGCUACAAUGGACACUGUAGAAUCUCGCAUUCUUUCUCAAGGUGUACGAAAUGGAACGUCUAUAUACCUUGCCGACGACACUGCGGAUCAAGUGGUGGCUGAGAUGCCGAAUGUCGCAAGUGCAGCGCAUAAGGGAGGAGAUGUUGCUGCUGGUGGUAACGAAGAAGACCUAUUAGGGUUGAUUCUUUAGUUUUGCGAUUUUGACCAGCAGAUCAAAAUAAAUCAGAGUCAAGGUUGUAUGUGUAGAAUUAGAUGUAAACUAGACAGAAUUGCAUGCCAUAAUGCGAAUUGAGAGAAGGAAAGAAAAAACUACGCAUAACCCCUCACGAUCACUGCUACAUUCUCUAGAUUUAUCUACUCAGGAUCCACUACUUCACACAAUGUACCUCCGCUCCUAACCUUACCCCAACCGAUCAAUCUCCAGUGCUUGUCAAUUCGCCUACUCAAAGCAAUCUUCUCGCCCUUUUCACAGCACGCCGGUGUUGUCAAUGCGAUAGAGACGUCACCACCCUUCACCGCUGU